UUUAGCUAUAAAUAAAAGCACCGAGGGUUCCUGAAGCCCAACGUCUUUUUCUCUCUACUUCGGCUUCAUCAUCUACACUUCGCCUCGAUAUUUCGUUUCAUCACCAUCUCAAGUCUCAUUCGCCGCCUAAACCAUGCCUCGCCGAAGCUCAGGAGGUCGAUCUGCUCCUCGUGCCGCCCCACGUCCUGCACCAGCGCGUAACCCACCACCUCAGCCUGUUAACCAUGCUCCUCCUCCAGCUCCUGCACAAGGCGGAAGUGGUGGAUCUAUGCUAGGAGGAAUUGGAUCAACCAUAGCUCAGGGAAUGGUCUUUGGUACUGGAAGUGCAAUGGCCCACAGGGCUGUGGAUGCUGUGAUGGGUCCUCGCACCAUUCAGCAUGAAACUGUGGUCAGUGAAGCUGCUGCUGCAGCACCCAAUGCAAGCAGCGUCGGUGGUUCUGAUGCAUGUAAUGUCCACAUGAAGGCGUUCCAAGAUUGCUUGAACAACUAUGGGAACGAAAUCAACAAGUGCCAGUUCUACAUGGACAUGCUCUCUGAGUGCAAGAAGAAUGCUAGUGGCAUGUUGAGUGCCUGAGAAGCUAUUUUUUCCAUCCAAGGGAAUAUCAUCUAUGAUCUCUGCACCUUUUUUUAUAAUUUAUGGGGAGUUGCGUUGAUAAUCCAUGUUGGAUGACAUAAUCAUGAAAAGCUUUAGAAGCAAUCCAUAUUAUUGUUAUUAUUGGAUUUGGGAUCUUUUUUAACCAUUUCAUUUAAAUGCUGUUAUCAAACGUUAACUUCCUGAAGGGUCGAUGGGUGUGUUUGAAUCAUUUAUGAGAUUACUCUUAAUAAAUAUUCAUCAAGGACUUACUUUA